CAUUUUUUAGACUACUGGAAUAUCGUGGAAUAUCGUAGCCUAAAAUAUCGAAUAUACAUUCGGCUAUGUUACCGAAUUAACAUGUUCCGGAAGUAAUCCUACAUUGCUCACUUGACGUUGGUCUGCCGCAAUAUUUACGCCGAGGUUAGAUGUUACUGCAGUCAUCCUGACAACGAAACUACUGAGAAGGCUCUACACCGAUUUGAGACUAAAAUCAUGUUAAGGAGAGGAUAGUCACCCUUCGACACACGUUAUGGGCAUCCAAGGGAGGUCAAAUCGAUGGAUCGCUAGAUUAAACGCUGCGUCUUUUUGCAGCUCUGCUUUAUAACGUUGUGGCUCUGAACUAUUUUACACCAGAUAAACGCAGCAGCAGAAUCAUGCCAGGCAAACUUAAGGCCAAGAUUGUGGCGGGUCGCCAUCUGCCCGUCAUGGACCGAGCGAGUGAUCUCACCGAUGCUUUUGUUGAGGUCAAAUUUGGAAAUACAACUUUUAAAACAGACGUCUAUCCCAAGUCCCUUAACCCUCAGUGGAAUUCUGAGUGGUUUAAAUUUGAGGUGGAUGAUGAGGACUUGCAGGAUGAACCAUUGCAGAUCACGGUGUUGGAUCAUGACACCUACAGUGCCAACGAUGCCAUCGGCAAAGUCUACAUCGACAUUGACCCUCUGCUCUGUAGCGAGGCUGCCACAGUUAUAUCUGGAUGGUUUCCUAUUUAUGACACUAUACACGGUAUCCGUGGUGAGAUUAACGUCCUUGUGAAGGUGGAUCUCUUUAAUGAUCUCAACCGCUUCAGACAGUCUUCGUGUGGUGUCAAGUUUUUCUGCACUACGUCUAUCCCGCGGUGCUAUCGGGCUGUGAUGGUCCACGGCUUUGUGGAAGAGCUUGUGGUGAAUGAAGAUCCAGAGUACCAGUGGAUCGACCGCAUCCGAACACCACGAGCAUCCAACGAAGCCCGCCAAAGACUCAUCUCACUCAUGUCAGGUGAGCUCCAACGUAAGAUUGGGCUCAAGAUUCUGGAGAUGGGGGGGAAUGCGGUGGUGGGCUACCUGCAGUGCUUCGACCUGGAGGGUGAGAGCGGCCUGGUUGUCAGGGCUAUCGGCACCGCCUGCACCCUCGAGAAGCUCAUCAACCCCCCCAGCAAUGCCCAGCACACCGCCAACUCCUCGCCGUCCAAAGACAUCAAGGAAUCUCCAGCGGCGUGUGUGACGUGUGUGUCGGGCUGUCGCUCGAGCCACAGCAGCCCGGUGCACGGCGCGGCGUCUCGUCUGGCGCAGGGCUUCAGUGUGUCCUAUCCCACGCUGCUCUUCUCCGGUACGCUGGGCUCCGGGCGCCCCCCCCGGGCGGCCCCUCGCCCCCGCUGCGCCAACACCCCCCUCUCUCAGGCCCCCGCUGCCAGACAGUGUAGGCCUGUGUUUGGGGAAGAGUGCCCCUCUAACCCCCUCUCCUCCGGACCCUCCACCCCCCUGAGGGCCCCGGCCUUCUCCUUCUCCCCCUCCAAGUCCUACAGCCGCCAGUCCUCCUCCUCCGACACCGACAUCAGCCUCACACCCAAGACUGAAGUCCGUCAGUCUCGUGCCACCUUCUUUCUCUCUCCCAGCUCUCCCACCCUCUCCUCAGUCUCGGCCCCUCCCCUUUCCCCACUCAAACCCCGCCCCUCAGGAUCAGAGGGAACCCCCAGGAGCUCAACUCCUCCCCCCUCACUUGUGGCCCAAUCAGAAGCAGCCACGCUGAGAAAGAGUGUCUCUUUCAGUGAGAACUUGCUUCUGGCAGCCUCUGGAAUGGGCAGUGGGGGAAGUGGAGGGAAGGAGGCUGGGCCUCUCAAGACUCUGCUGAGGCAGCAGACCCAAACAGCUCUGGAGCAGCGGGAGUUCCCUUUUUUCACCCUUACGUCUUUCCCUCCUGGCUUCCUGUUGCACGUUGGUGGUGUGGUCAGCGCCCGCUCUGUCAAGUUGCUUGACCGGAUACACAACCCUGCGUUGGGUAGCGGCAGAUCUUACAAACUGCUAGACUGGAAUAGUUGCCCUGCAGAUGAACCAGAGACACGUGAUGCAUGGUGGGAGGAGCUUCGCCAGGAGAUCAAGUCUCACGCCAAAGCGCUUGGAUGCCACGCGGUAGUGGGGUACAGCGAGUCCACAAGCAUCUGCGAGGAGGUGUGUAUUUUGUCGGCGGUGGGUACGGCUGCAGUACUGAACUGCCGGUUCCUACAGGAUGGUUGUCUGGACGCGCUCACCGAACACAGGUUGUCACGGCAACUGCCCCUCUUUCCCUCCGGGUCAGACAAGGUCGAGUUUGAUUUGGGUAGUUCAGCCUCACUAGGGUGCGAGGAUCUGGCGCCCCCUGGCUGCGGCUUCUGUCACAUUCCCUACGACGAGCUCAACAUGCCGUUUCCAGCCCAGCUGUCCUGUUGCUACUGCUGCCGCAGGGCCAAGGUGCCGGAUGUGCUCUUCACCACCAUAGACCUACCCACGGAGGCCAGCAUUCUCGGCAAGGGCUGCCUCAUACAAGCCAGGUUGUGCCGUCUGAAGAAGAAGGGUCAAGGCGAGGGCAAUGCCACGUGCAUCAGCAGCCUGCUGCCCUUCAUGGAGUACGAGCUGCACACUCAGCUGCUCAACAAGCUCAAGCUGCGCGGCAUGAACGCUCUCUUCGGCCUGCGCAUCCAGAUCAGCGUCGGAGAGAACAUGCUCGUUGGCCUGGCGUCGGCGACAGGUGUGUAUUUGUCUGCACUGCCGUGUCCAGGAGGGAUCCAGAUAGCAGGGAAGGCCCCAGGAGACCUGAGCUACGAGCAGCACGUUUCCAACAUGCAGCGCAAGAUCAAUGACACCAUCAACAAGAACCGAGAGCUCUACCACAUCAACCCCCCUGAGGUUGUUGAGGAGCUGAUUGGCUCUCCCAUCCCUGAGCCUCGCCAGAGGUCCCGCCUCUUCCGCUCGCAUUCCGAGAGCUCAGACGAGCUGUCCGAGAUCGACCUGUCCCACGGCAAGAAGGAUGCCUUCGUCCUUGAGAUUGAUGACACUGAUGCUGUGGAAGACAUUCACUCCCUCCUGACUGAUGCCCAUACUCCUCCAGGAUUCUUCAGUUGUAACACAGAGAUCAUGCCUGGGAUAUACAACUGGACGUCAGGACUCCAGAUGUUUUCCUCCGUGAGGGUGUUCCGCCUGAGCAAUGUCAACCUGACCAAUCAGGGACUCAACAAAAUCUUCAGUGAGUUGUGUGAGAAUUUGCUCAAGAGUCUCUACUUCAAGCUGCGCUCGAUGGUUCCCUGCUGUCUGUGCCAUCUCAACUUCACCGUUGCCGUACCAGAAGACGAACUUAUUCAGGUUGCUGUGACUGCUGUAGCAAUGAGCUUUCACAAAGAUCAGAUUCAGGACAGCAACAAGUCUGGUGAUGAUCGCGCUCCAAUGAAAGUCAUUACUGAAAAUGAGGAGCAGCUUCAGUUUCCUCUGGAGCUCAGUGCAGAGAACCCUCAGCCCCUCAGCUCCGCCAAGAACUCAGGGCCCUCAGACGGCUCCGCUGGUGGCCUGGCUAGAGCUCCCUCAGUUGAUUACAGUUCCUUUGCAGACAGAUGCAGCUCGUGGAUAGAGCAGCUUAGACUGAAAGCUCACACCAUAAGACGCGGAUCAAUAAAGACAACCUCGUCGGCGGAGAGGGCAAGUCCGCUGCCUGAUGGUCGCUCGCGCUCACUGCGCUCUACUCGCUCAUUUCCUGGAAGCACCGUUGCCGUGGUGAAAAUGACUCCACUGUCCUUCAUCCCCGGAGCCAAGAUUGUCAAGUACCUGGGCAUCAUCAACAUGUUCUUCAUCAGGGAGACCACCUCCCUCAGAGAGGAGGGCGGCGUGAGUGGGUUUCUGCACUCGUUCAUAGCGGAGGUGUUUGCCAUGGUCCGUGCUCAUGUGGCGGCACUGGGGGGGAACGCUGUGGUGUCCUACAGCAUGAAGGACUGUGUGUUUAUGGAGAACCCAAACAAGAACCAGGCGCAGUGUCUGAUCAACGUCAGUGGUGAUGCGGUCAUCUUCACCCGAGAAACAGAACUGGAGGCAUCUUCUACACAACCACAGACUGCUAAUACACAAUCCAAUGAAGACACGCCCGCAUAAACUCACCCGCACACACUCGCUCUGGGGUCCUUUGUUUCUGCAUGCUGAGGACCUGCUUGUGUUUUUUUCUCAAAAUGUACAUUCCACUGGAAGAGGCAGCUAGGGUGUCGGAAGAGUUGUUGUGUGUGUGUGUGUGUGUGUGUGUGUGUGUGUGUGUGUGUGAAUGGAUGUACAGACGUGUGUGUGAAUGGAUGUACAGACGUGUGUGUCUGCAACAGGAUAUGCUUUGGCCAAAGUAAGUCUGUCUAGCCUUUGUUGUUUGAAUCCAAUUAUGAUUUGUUUAGCUAGCGUGUUGCUCACGGACAAUCAAGACAAAGCUCUAGCGUCUGAAUCUAUUCAUCAAGUUUCCUUCCAGGGGCCAAACUGCGCUUGGAAAGGUCAUGAGUUUCCCUGCAGUGGCCGCCUCCCAAAGAGCCAAGCACACACCGGGUCACUUGUGUCCAGCCACAUUACCACACUUGUGCAACCCCUUUGCUCACAGCACCAGGGUUGUGUGUGUGUGUGUGUGUGUGUGUGUGUGUGUGUGUGUGUGUGUGUGUGUGUGUGUGUGUGUGUGGCCUUUCUGCCCACAGCAGCAGGGCUGUGUGUGUGUGUGUCUGUAUGUGUGUGUCAGGGGUGACCCUGCCGUCAAGGUGAAGAGCCGUCUUUGAGCAGUCCAGACCCCUGCUGUGAGGGGACAGAACCGGCUCGGCAGAGUCGACAUGCCUCUUGUCAGGAUGAGAAUCCUUCUGAGGCUCUAGAAGCUUGUGGGAUCUCGGUGGGUGGUGAGGGUGUUUUGAUGGUGAAGAGCCCUCCUUUCCUUGAGCAGUGUUUUCAAUGCCCGCACACUCUCUCAGCUGUAGGGGCUUGUCAGUCUCAGCUGUGAGGGGCUUAAGUACUCUGUGUUUUUCUGGGGGGGUUGAAAGGUACUUGAUGAACUGUCUGUCUGUGUCAGUGUGUGAGUCUGAAAUGGUACAGUUUAGCACAGUGCCAGUAGUCCUAAUGUGGUGGUGGUGGGAGGGGUCACUAUGUAGGCCACUAUACUACAUAUUGUAACCCACUGACCAGUAACAACCCUGGCCUGUGUGUGCCAGCCAGUCAUCUCAAAAUGAACCACACAUAUUUUUGAAGAAGCCAUAUUGUUCUCUGUCCUCUCACACACACCAUUUUCUCUGACCAUCACCUUCGACUGAUAUCUCACCUCCAUAUAACCCCAGACAUGCAUGCAAGCAUAGGUCUGCUGUACUACUGACAUCCUUCAAAUCGUGUGUAAAUGCUGGAUUUGUUUUUUUUUAUUGUGUCUUUUAGUGUAGGUGCCACAGAAUCAGUUUGAAACUGAUUUUAUUCACACCAAGGUUUUUUUUUUGUUUUUUUAAGCUUCAGCUUCUAGUGUCUUUCUCUGUGCAUGUGCAUUGCUGUCCAUAGACUGUAUGUGGGGGAUGUAUGUAUGUAUGUAUGUAUGUAUGUAUGUAUGUAUGUAUGUAUGUAUGUAUGUAUGUAUGUAUGUAUGUAUGUGUGUUUGUGUGGAGACGUCCUGUUGAAGACUUGAAUGCUUAGAGUGACUCUGGUCAGCUCUCUCUCAGUCGUCCAUUUCUCUGCCUGAAGACGAAUCUUGCACAAUAAAUAACUAUAAGUAAA